AAAGCAUAUUUGGAUUAGUGCUUGCAAUAACUUUAUGUGGCAGUUCUAGAAAGCUUUUAUAAUGGAAAUACUUUUUAUUGAUGCGCAAAAAAUUAGUUGUUAAAGGACAGGAUGACGACGAAUUUUGAGAUUAUACAAAGUACUAUAGAAGUGAUUUAAUAAAAAUCGAUUUUUGGAUGCGUUUAUUACUGCCUGUGUUGAUAAAGAGGGGGUUAAACUUUAGAUAAUCAUCGCCAUAACCCACGACCUAAUGAUAAACCAUUGAAGUCGAAUGCAAGCAAACUGGGUAAUUGACUGUAGUCAAUUACAAAUCGAUUUGGGAUUUUCUCUUGGUGAAGAGUGGAAAAAAUCAAAAGUAAUACGAGUUCUGCUGUGCUGCCAGCCUUUGCUACUGUGGCAGGAUCAAAUUCAAGGAGUACCACUUCGAGUGGUCAUCGCAGGCUUCGUAGCUAUUUAGUGUAGUGGUACCGGCAUUGGUUGUUGUUUGUGGUUAGUGGAAAAGAGCGUCAAGAUGACAAAAUCUGUGAUUUUAAUUAUAUCGACACUGUUUGUAAUCAGCAUUUAUUUGGUGUGGACUGUGGAAGGACAAGCAGCAGCAUCUGGUGGAGCCAGUUUAACUGAUCUAAUCGAUCAAGCAAACGGGAAAAAUGCAGAUAAUGGCAAUCUGAGCCAAACGAUCCAGGACAUAUUUGGAACACUUAUUACCACAGCAGCUCCCGACAUUAACAGCAACAGCGGAAAUAGUGGAACUGGAGGAACUGGUGGAACUGGAGGAACUAGUGGAACUGCUAGCUGUACUUGCGUGCCAUAUUAUCUAUGUAACAAUGGUAGCAUUAACACCAAUGGAAUGGGAAUUAUCGAUAUCAGGUCAAACGAUGGACCUUGUGAAACUUACAUCGAAGUCUGUUGCGAAAAGAAAGAUCAAACAACCGACCCAAUUACUCCCGCUCCUCCGGUUAUAAAAGAAGUGGGAUGUGGGCGCCGUCACGAAGAAGGAGUUGGAUUCCGGAUCAAAGGCCAAAUGGAAAACGAAGCCGAAUUUGGAGAAUUUCCCUGGAUGGUGGCUGUGCUUCGAGAAGAAACCGUUGCAGGAAACGCGAAUGUCCUGAAUGUUUACCAAUGUGGUGGAGCGCUGAUCCAUCCCCAAGUGGUGGUAACUGCUGCGCAUUGCGUUAGCGGAAAGAACAAGGUGUUUAAGGUACGCGCAGGUGAAUGGGAUACCCAGCAUACCCAAGAACUGCUCCCACAUCAAGAUCGUGAAGUCCAAACAGUUAUAACUCAUCCUCAGUACUAUGCAGGCGCGCUGUAUAAUGAUGUGGCUGUCUUGCACCUGAAAUCGCCAUUUGAAAUCGCUGAAAACGUGAAUGUGGUUUGUCUGCCCCCUCAAAGUACCGUUCUUAAUUCAGCCACAUGCUACGCUACUGGCUGGGGCAAAGACGAAUUCGGCCAGAAAGGAAAGUACCAGGUGAUUCUAAAGAAAAUUGACCUGCCAAUUGUUGCUCAUGAUAAAUGCGAGCAACAGUUGCGGUCAACUAGAUUGGGCAAGUACUUCCAGCUUCAUCAAUCGUUCAUGUGCGCUGGAGGAGUUCCUGGUAAGGACACGUGCAAAGGAGAUGGAGGUAGUCCAUUGGUAUGCCCGAUACAAGGACAGCAAAACCGGUACUACCAGAUGGGAAUUGUUGCUUGGGGAAUCGGAUGCGGCGAAAACAAUACACCGGGUGUUUACGUGAAUUUGCCAAUGUUUAGAGAUUGGAUCGAUAACCAAGUAAAAUCUUUCGGGUUGGACACGAGCUCGUAUCAAUAUUGAAGAUUGAACUGAUUUUAUACUGUGGAAUAAAUAUUUAUAAUAAACUUUCCAAAGAGUA